AUGGCUGCACUACAGCAGCUACCAUUAGCGUCAACCAAUAAACGCCAUCAUCAUGGUUUUGAUGCAGACCGAGAUGCCAAGAAAAUACAUAGCGCCUGCAAAGGAGCAGGAACUGAUGAAAAGAAAAUUAUUGAAGUCUUGUCGAGUCGAACAUCAGAGCAGAGACAACAAAUAAAACAGAAGUACAAGGCUCUGUAUAGCAAGGAUUUGGAAGAGGACCUCAAGGGAGACCUGAGUGGGAAUUUCGAAAAGGCUGUGCUGGCUCUGCUAGACCUGCCCUGUGAGUACGAGGCCCGAGAGCUUCAGAAGGCGAUGAAAGGCGCUGGGACGGAUGAGUCGCUGCUGAUCGAGAUUCUCUGCACACGAAACAAUAAGGAAAUUGUAAACAUAAAGGAGGCAUACAAACGGCUCUUUGAUAGGGAUCUAGAGUCUGAUGUUAAAAGUGACACAAGUGGCUCCCUACAGAAGAUAUUAGUCACUGUGCUAGAGGCAACCCGGGAUGAGACCCAACAGGUCAAUGCAGAGCUCGCUGAGCAAGAUGCUACAGAUCUGUAUAAAGCAGGAGAAGGCCGCUGGGGAACAGAGGAGCUGGCUUUCAACGUGGUCUUAGCAAAGAGAAGCUAUAGUCAGCUGAGAGCUACUUUUCAAGCCUAUGAAAAGGUGUGUGGGAAGGACAUAGAAGAAUCCAUUAAAAAUGAAACAUCGGGAGAUCUGGAGAAGGCUUAUCUCACUCUUGUCAGCUGUGCCAAAGACUGCCCAGGUUACUUCGCUACACUUCUGCACAAGUCGAUGAAAGGAGGUGGGACUGAUGAAGAGACCUUGAUUCGCAUCCUUGUGACCAGGGCUGAGAGUGACCUGCCAGCAAUAAAGGAGAAGUUCCAGCAAAUGUACAAGAAGUCGUUAGCUGAAGCUGUCCGAUCUGAUACCUCUGGAGACUUCAGAAAGUUGCUGCUGGCUCUUUUGCACUAA